AUGUUAGGACCUGAUCCAAAUAAAGAAUUGUUAAAGGAUUCCACACGAUUAGCUGCUUUUCUUCAAGAAAGCUUAUUACUAGGUACUUUACGGGGAUUUCGACAUUUUGAAACAAUUCUUCGAGGAAGAGAAGAAUUAAUUUUAUGCGUUUUUACAACCCAAACACCACCGAGAAACUCAGCAUUGAUGCCAGCUACCAUGAUUGAAACAAUUUAUUCCAAAAAUGAAUGGAAUUCACCAGAGUCAAUAAGCUUAUUAGACAUGGAUCUUCAGAAAGAAAAGGAUAAAAUUGUAUUUCUUAUUGCUGGUUAUGCUAAAUAUCGAUGUCCUUAUGUUUGGUUGAGAUCUCAUCAAGAUCAACUUUUACGAAAUGAAAAAGAAGAAGAUAAUCCUUUACAAUUAUCAACAACAAUAGAUUGGAAAAUCAAAAAUGUGUCUUUAUGGGAAAUAGUGGCUGAAAUACUAUCAAUGACAAUAAAUCCAAAGAACCCAUUUGAACUUGAUUUUGAUUAUAUUGACAGCUUACCUUUAGAAGAGGCAGUUUUGUUAACAAGUUCUUUAUUGUCAUUUCUAAAAUCAAUUUGGAUUGAAGCAGAACCUGAUAUAACAUUUAUGGAUACAGGUAAAGAAUCAAUGUAA